GGUGGUGUGAUACUGUACGUGAUUGGCGGGCGGGUGGGUUUGGUUUGUGUGUCUGGGAACCUGCUACUGGUCUCCCAUCCAUACACACUCACACACAGAGAGAAAGAGAGAGCCACGGUCAGACAGACUGGCUCUCCAAAACCGACAGCAGGGGGAAAAAAACCUCUCCUCUCGCGGCUCAGAAACCAGCAACUAUCGCAGAAGUGAAGUCGACGCGAUGUUAACCUCGAAAUGCUCUCUUUUAUUUUGAGAGGAAGGCUAACAAUAGGGAAGAAGCUGUUUAAAAGUAGGUGAAGUGUGACAGCUGGAGACAUUUAACCCAAGGAUUUGUUGACUGCACGUGGAAACUGCUCGCUCAGACGCAUCGUGAAGCCUGGACUGCUCCACUUUAACUGGUGACCAGCUGUUUACGUCUGCCUAAAUCAGAGAUGAGUGCCAAAUCUGUAAUCAACAAGGAGGUGUUCAUACCUCACGAUGAGAAGAUGCUUGCUGCUGUACAGGUGAAGCGGAGGACAAAGAAAAAGAUCCCCUUCCUGGCCACCGGUGGUCAAGGAGAUUACAUGACGUUCAUCUGCGUCUCAGUGACGAACAAGAAACCAUCCCAUGUUUCAAUCACAAAGGUGAAGCAGUUCCAAGGAUCAUCUGCCUUUGUAAAAAGGUCACAGUGGACAAUUGACCAGCUACGGCAGGUCAACGGCAUUGACCCCAACAAAGACUGUCCGGAGUUUGACCUGAUGUUUGAUACCGCUUUCGAUCAGUGGGUUGCUGGUUCAUCAGGGGAGAAGUGCACCUUUAUCCAGAUUCUCCACCACACCUGCCAGCGUUACAGCUCAGCACGGAAGCCAGAGUUUGUCAACUGUCAGUCCAAACUGCUAGGGGAAGGCCAAGAUGUAGGUUCAGUCAUUUUCCGUUGCAAGGUCUUUUUGAACAGACGGAGGAAAGAAUUUGUUUCACAUCAAGGUCAUCUGCUAAGACGAGGUAACAGUAUACUACACUCAGCUGCAGACAGUGUGACGAGUGCUGUACAGAAGGCCAGCCAGGCUCUGAACGAGCGUGGUGAGCGAUUAGGCCGGGCUGAGGAGAGGACUGCAGACAUGAUGAACAGUGCUGAACAGUUUGCUGUCACUGCACACAAGCUUGCCAUGAAGCACAAGUGUUAGACCACUGCCAAAACCAACUGGGCUAAGGGAGGGUCAGCAAUCGCCAGUUGCUGUACAGGAGAAGGAUUCCAGAUUUUAUUCUUUGUAAAAGUUUCAAUAUGAUUAAAAUUUGUUAACAAUGUUAACAUUUUAAUGUUUUGGGUUACUGUACUCCGGUGCUUCUCGUUCCUAAAGACGGAUCGUGCAGGGGACCGAAGAGAGGUAAACAAAACUGCUUGACACUGUCAACUGAAUGUUUCAUGCUUCUGUUUGCCAAAAAAAAGUUACAAGCCACAGCUAUGACUCUACUUGAUAAUGACAGUCACUCAAGACACUUCCUCUUUUCGUUCGCUCACACACAAAUGAGAGCGUACACGUGUUGCCAAAUCAUCAUCGGCAAUUACUCCCUCCCAAGGAACAGCUUGGCUCCCAUUUAUACUGGUUAUUUAUGAGAGCUGCGGUAAUUAUGAAGUCUUAAUUUAUGAGUGAGGGCGCCCUCUGAUUGCUCGACUUUGGAUUGGCUGCCAGUAUAUAACAUAUAAAUAAGACACAUAUGUAAAAAUAGCCUAGAUUUGAUGCCUACGUUGUAUUUUAAUAGAUAUUUGUGGGAGUGGGAAGUCGAAUGAAAGGGAUGAUCACAUUUCUGUUUGACAUUUAAUGUUUCCUUUUCUGCUCUGAUUUCUGGACAUUAAACUCGGACCAUAAUUUCAAAAUCUAUCAAAACAGUAUUAGUUAAAAAAAAGUUUAAGAUAUGAUUUCAUAAACUGCUGAUGAGACUGAGUGAUGAGUGGUUUGGGUGACAAGAUAUAAAAAUGUUGAAAUAUUUUUCCCUCUUGUUAUGUGUCCGUCAUUGAAAAACAACCUAAACUACAUGGAAUAGAUUUUGGGAAGUGUACUUGAAGAUUUCAUUUAAAGAAUAAGCUUUUAAAGUAUAUGAAUUACUCUGUCUAAUACUUUAUGUUAACAGGGGUAAUUCAGUAAGCCAGCUUCUGCACUGUAAAAAGCAACAUGUAAUUCUUCUUCUGCUAUUAUCUCGGUGUCUGUAGAGCUAAUUUGUCCCUGAACAUGGGGAUGCUUUGAAACUGAUCCUGGCUGUAUUUCAACUCUAAACUCUUCAGUAGUCAUACCUUGUGCUUAUUGUGUAACUUGGGUUGGUCAUUAUAAUAUGUAUGCUGAUAAAGGAGAAAAUGUCUUCAAUAACA